UCACGUUUCCUAGCAACUUCAAAAUAAACUCCAAAAACCCCUCACCGUGCUGCUGCGAGGAUAAAUCACACAACUUAUACCACACUUUCAUUUAAUAUACGAUAAAAAUUAGUCUUUAUUUGUGUGUUUGUAAGCGGAACCAGAAGUCGAGAGUCGCGCGAUCCAGCCGGAAGCAGAUAAGCGGUGUUUAAUGCGAGUUUAUUUGCGUUAAAUCUGCUGGAUUAUGUUUAAAAACACAUUUCAGAGCGGAUUUCUAUCCAUCCUCUACAGCAUCGGCAGCAAACCCCUGCAGAUAUGGGACAAGAAGGUCAGAAAUGGACACAUUAAACGGAUUACAGACAAUGACAUCCAGUCUUUGGUCCUUGAGGUGGAGGGAACCAAUGUGAGCACCACCUACAUCACAUGUCCAGCAGACCCAAAGAAGACCCUCGGCAUCAAACUUCCCUUUCUCGUAAUGAUCAUUAAGAAUCUCAAAAAGUAUUUCACAUUUGAAGUUCAGGUACUGGACGAUAAGAACGUUCGACGGCGGUUUAGGGCGAGUAACUAUCAGAGUACGACUCGUGUAAAGCCGUUCAUCUGCACGAUGCCCAUGAGACUCGACGACGGCUGGAAUCAAAUCCAGUUCAACCUGUCAGAUUUCACACGGCGAGCGUAUGGGACCAAUUAUAUUGAGACGCUGCGAGUGCAGAUCCAUGCAAACUGUCGCAUCAGAAGGGUUUAUUUCUCUGACCGGCUGUAUUCGGAGGAUGAGCUGCCGGCUGAAUUUAAACUUUAUUUACCAGUACAAAACAAAGCAAAGCAGUGAAAUGGUUGCCUGGAUUUCAUCAUCUCCUUCCUUUGUUUGAUCUGCACACGUUCACACCAGACAGAUUUCUGUGGGUCUUUUUUAUGUGUUCCUCUUUAUUGUCUGCUAAUAAAUAUUUUAUAUGCACAAAGUAAAUCUGAUCUGUGUGAAUGCAUCUGCUUGUUUAAUCUUUUUUAUUUCUAAAAUAAAUUAAGUUUUUCCACAGAUACAGAUCAUAAACCAGUGUUCAAAUUAUGUCAAAGACUAUGGGGGUCCCCUAAGCUAAGCCCCACCCACCUGUCAUUAUAGAGUCACUGUGAUUUCACAAAGUAAGAAGUUAUCCUGGAUCAACAUUUUUUGUUGGUCCUGGAUUAAAGUUUUAAUCAAAGAAACCCCAAAUUACCCUUAAUAGUGCUUUAAUAAAGAACAGUUAAUUUAUAUUGGUGUGUUAUAUAGUGGGUCCACCCCAGCCCCCCUCAAUUCGCACGAUGUUAUGUACAGAACAGAUGCAAAAUGAGCUCUGAGGUUGAUAAGUGAUGACAUUGGAUUGAUGUUAUAAUUGGUGUAAAAAGUCAAACUGAAGAGCAAUGAAACAUUUAGAGUUGAUCUCAUUGGAAGAGUUCAGGUGUCACUGACCGCUCCCAUGAUGCUUUCCUGAACAACUUAUAUGUAUUUGCUGUAUUUUCAAAUAAACUUUAAAUAUAUUGUUUUCA